AUGUCUGGAUGGCUCUCGUACUUGACAGGGCGGGGACAGUCGUCCAAGGACUCGACGCGCGAGUCGAUCGUCAAGCUGCGCGAACACCUCCUCAUGCUGGAUAAGAAGGAGGAGUACCUCGGCAAGAAGAUUGACGACGAGCUCCGCAAGGCAAAGGCCAACGCGACGAGCAAUCCUAGAGUGGCGAAGCAGGCGCUCCGACAGAAGAAGUUGUACGAGCAGGAGCUGGAGAGCAUCGCGGGCCGAAAGAUGACGCUGACAACUCAGGUCAACGCGAUCGAGUCGGCCAACAUGAACAAGGAGACGCUCGAGGCGAUGAAGCAGGGUGCCGAGGUCCUGAAGAACAUGAAGCUCAACGUCGACAAGGUGGAUGCGACAAUGGACGAGGUUCGCAAUCAGCUCGAGCUUACGAACGAGAUCUCCCAAGCGAUCUCAGACCCGGCAGGAAUGGGCAUCGACGUCGACGACCAGGAGCUGGCGGACGAGUUGGCAGAGCUCGAGCAGGAGGAGCUCAACAAGCGGCUGGCAGGCGCAGAAGCGGCACCGCUUCAUUCGCCAGCCGCGGCGGUUCCUGCUGCCAAGACACCGGCACAAAGGAUAGAGGAGGACGAGGAGGAGGCAGAGUUGCGGGAGUUGCAGGCGCAGCUCGCGAUGUGA